GCGUUCCCGCUGGAUCGCUACGGGAAGAGUAUUUAAACGACGAUCGGGGGUGUGGGGGCCGUGCAUAUGAAAUAUUGCGUUUUGUUUUUCGCGAAAGGUAAGGCGCGCUCCGGGAAACUCUCAUCCAGGCGGUUUAUUAGGGAAGAAGUGCGUUUCGCCCGAGGCGAAUUUCCGUUGAUUGAUGACGCCGUGCGUCGGAUGCGAAAGAAUGUUUUUCGAAAAGGGCCUUAAAAGGGCGACGCGCGAAGACGCGGUUUUCCUCCAGAGCUGCGAUGCGCGCCACGAGCUUUCCCGACGGUAGAUUGGGGCGUGUCCUGCAGAACGAAAAGUUAGGAUCAAUUCUACUUAUUUAAUACAGCUUUCGUAUUAGGAGCGUGUAUAUAGUUAGAGAAUCCACUGUAAACCGAUUUGCGCUAAACUCGGGUUUUAUCUACACUAAGUACUGGGGCUUAACUCGGUAUUGUGUUUGACUAAGUGAACAAAUAGAUGGAGUGAUAUAUAUCGACUUUCCAUUGUACCACACUGCCCAUUUAUAAAAUUUUCUUUUCUUUUUCAUUUCAGGAACGAAGUAGAUGUGGCCAAACAGCCUCACUGCUGGAUGCAAUCCGGAGGGGGAAUUGUCAUUUCCGGGAUUUGGAAGUACCUGCGGCGGAAGCUCCUCAGCUGGCAUGGCCUACUUAAAAUCAACCCCGUACUCAGUUCCCGGAUUGGGUCUGCACGGCCUUCCGGUCGACUCGUUGCACUCGUCGAUGGGAUAUCCCGGAGGUUAAAUUCGAGUUUUCGAAAGCGUAUAGACGUUGCGAUUUUAGGUAAUCAAAGGAAGCAGAGAAGAGAAAGGACGACGUUUACUCGAGCCCAGCUCGAUAUAUUGGAGGCGCUCUUCGCAAAAACGCGCUACCCCGACAUAUUUAUGAGGGAGGAAGUCGCGUUGAAAAUUAACCUACCCGAAUCUAGAGUUCAAGUUUGGUUUAAGAAUCGGCGAGCGAAAUGCAGGCAGCAGCAAAAACAGCAUAAUCAGCAACAAACGGUCGAGAAAACGACGAGAAUUAGAAACAAAACGGCCACCGUCCUUACCAAGUCUCCACCUACUCCAAUUUCCAACAAUAAUAAUAACACGAACACAAGCUCAUCCAGUUCACCCAGCGUACUAACAACUUCCCAUCUUCGUGACAGUCCAAAUUACGUAAAACCCGCAAUACUAACACCUAGUGGCAGUACAGCAUCACCAACGAUAGCCUCAUCCCAUUACACAAACACCACCAAUUCCAGUAUUUGGUCCCCCGCGUCCAUAGACAGCCUAUCGUUAGACCAGCAUCGUUCGUGGUGUCCUUCGCAAUCCGUCGCUUUAAGUACCAGCACGUCCAGUACGAGCUGCUACAACAACUACCCCUACUACAGCAACAUGGACUACCUAAGUACAAGCACCAUGGGUCACGGGCAAUUCGGCGAGAACAGCUUGGAGGCGAACUGGAGCAAGUCGAGGGACGAGUCCUGGUUUUACAACACGGGAUGGGAACGCAAAUGAAAAUAAUCCAACAGUAUUACAGCAGACCAAAUUAAGAAAUUCCAUAUUCCUAAGAACCUGCAAUAUUAAGAGAGAAUAGUGCUAGUCAAGACGAGUGCCAACGGCUCUAAAAUGGUAACACUUUUAUUAUCAUCGAGACAUUUAAUUUUAUUUUAUUUAUUUUAUUACACACGUUCGGAUAUUGUACAUAUCUUAAGAUUAGUUUUACUUAUCUACUGGAGAUGUUAUAUACAGGGUGCGGCGACCGCUGCUCGCGGUGUAACGCGCCCGAAGUGAUUGUUAGAAUAAAUGUAUUUUCGUUUAGUCUAAGGCCUAACGUUGUUAUUAUUUCCGUAUGUAAGAGACUGUACAGUUUGUAUAUGAAAAAGAAAUGUAAUAAGAAGUUUAUUGUACAACAUUUUACAUAAAUUCUUCUCUGGCAACGUUGCAAAUUCGUAAAUGCAAGGAAAAAUUUUAUGACAUUUACUGUCGGAGGUCAUUCUUCUU